GAGCCUUUAUGAGUCAUAUAUUUCAUAUACAGUUGCAGCAAAAACGCCUAUGUUUCUCAAAAUAGGAAAACUAAGAAGCGGACGUGGAUUUUACCAGCACACUUUGAACUCACCACUUAAUCUUGUCAAAAAUGUAACAGUACUGACUGUGUCCGGAUUCCGGGUUUGAUUUAGCUUUCAAAAUAAAUCCAAGCGCAUUUUGUAUAAACGGUAGGCAUUUUAUUGUUGGAAGUUAUACCAGACCUUAUGAUGACAAUAGUGUUUACUUGUUAUCGACUGUGUUAUCUUGACAACAAUUUGGGUGUGAUAACGGUUUUAACGUCUCGAGCGUUAGUAGACCUAAAUUAAAAGGUGAAGAUGCCAUAUAGAUGAUACGAACUUUGAGAUUAUCUUCGCGGUUAUGAUUUUUUGGAGAAAAUAUGCGACCUAGCCUAGGUUCACAAUGAAGUCGUACCAGGUUUUGCCUCUACAUGUGUUCUGUAAGAAAUUAUUAAAAAUGUUUUUUCUGGGCAUUGGCUCUGUAAAAAGCCUAAUAAAAUCACAGUGUUUCCGCUGGCUAAGUCUGCUUAGCUUAAGUCUUACUCUGUUGUUUUGGAUCAGACAAGUAGUCAAACGGGACCCCAUUCAUGUUGCUUUGCACAUCACAGGACUCAAUGGCUAUGCUCGAAUCACAGAUGGUAGGAUGGACCAGUUCCUGAACAUGUACUGCAGCCAUUGUGCCUUAGUCUCAAGCUCAGGCCAGAUGCUUGGAGCUGCUGUUGGAGAGGAAAUUGAUACUAAUGAAUGUGUGAUUAGAAUGAAUAACGCACCCACAGUAGGGUAUGAGAAGGAUGUCGGCAGUCGCACUACAGUGCGAGUUGUGUCUCAUACAAGUGCACCCUUAUUGAUUAAAAAUGAGCCCUACUACUUUAAACAUUCUGCCAAUACUACUUAUAUAUUUUGGGGUCCUGAAAGGAACAUGAGACAAGAUGGAAAAGGAAGAGUUUUUAAUGCUCUUUUGAAAAUGGUUAAAAAAUAUCCAGAAGCCAAAAUGUACAUAGUGACAAAAGAGAAGAUACAGUAUUGUGACAAUGUGUUUCAAAAUGAAACUGGAAAAAACAGAAUGAAGACGGGUGCUUUUUUGAGCACAGGGUUUUUCACAAUGAUUCUUGCCUUGGAUAUGUGUGACAGCAUUAAUGUGUAUGGAAUGAUUGAUAACAAUUACUGCAGUCGAGCCAAUCACAGCGUUGUUCCAUAUCAUUACUAUGAGAACAAACGUAUCAACGAGUGCCGUAUGUACAAUAUUCAUGAGAACACCAAACGUGGAGGGCAUCGCUUCAUCACUGAAAAAGCCAUCUAUGCCAAAUGGGCAACACGUCACAAGAUGGAAUUUAAACAUCCAUCAUGGAGGCUAUAAAGCAGAUGACUGCAGAUCUGUGAUUGUAUUCUGAACUCUGAACCAAUGCUUAUUGCACUACAGAAUAUUUUAAGGCUGCUUACACUUAACUGAAUAUUUAAUUUAGUUAAUCUUAUCUUCAAAGGCACAUUGAAAAAAAUGUGCAUGCUGUUCUUGGCAAAGUACAUUUGUAUUAAUUAUUAUCUAAUUAAUAGCUGCGUUUGACAACUGUGAUGAUUGGUUAUAUUAAUACGCACAUUGUUGUUUACAUAUACCCAAUUAAAUCCAAAUAAAUAACCAGUUACUAACUCUUAUAAGUCCUUGCAAGUACAUGCAAAGUAGGCCUACACAGCCAAAGUUUUAGUUGUAAACUGAAACCUAUACACAUCUGGAAUGUACAUUAACAAAAGUUGAUCAAAUGAAUGUGCUUAAAUAAUUUUUAAUUAUUAAAAAACUGCAGUGUAUUUUUAUGUUUCCAUUUACAUGUAAGGUAUAUGUGAAUAAAAUGUGUUUCAAAUUA